AUGAUGUAUGUGAUAUUCAAUAGACACGACUAUCAUUUCGAGAUUGAUUUACUAACAUUUGAUAGUGAGCUAUCAGAUCGCCCAAAAGCCGAGUUGACAAAGGAUGAGCUAGACCAGUUAGAAGAGUACGAGUUCAAACAUGGCCCUCUAUCGCUGAUAAACGAUUCUAUGAAGACUAAGACACCUGUGAUUAUAUCACUUCGGAAUAACCAUAAAAUUAUAGCGAGAGUGAAAGCAUUUGAUAGACAUUGCAACAUGGUCCUCGAGAACGUCAAGGAGCUUUGGACAGAAAGAAGAGGAAAUAAGGCUGAAAAUAAAGAAAGGUUCAUCAGCAAACUGUUCCUAAGAGGUGAUUCCGUCAUCGUCGUUUUAAAAGCACCGAUGCAAUGA